AGACAACAUGGCGGAUUCAACGAGCCUGAUUCUCCUCUGUUUCUCGUCUUCAGCCAGUUGAAGCGCUGAUAUCCAUCUCCGACGACGAGAACGGAAACUGUGACAACCACCGAUCACAAUGCGCCUUCAUACCAUUACCAACCUAUCAACAACCCUCUUCACCAUCUUCACAAUCCUAACCUUCAAUCAUGUCCUCCCAGUCCAAGCAACCCCCCAACAGCAACCCUCAAAGGCCAGCAUCUUCCACGUCCGCCACGUCGACAACCUCAGUCUAAAUACCCACCACCCCAAACCCACACCUCCCGCCGAGCUCCUCCCCCUCCAACAACAUGCCAAAGAACCCAUCACCAUCUCAACCAUAACCAUAAUCAUCACCGCAACCGCAACCGUAGCAACCCCUUCCAACACCCCGGCUUCUUCCUCCGUCCCUUCUUCCUUCCUGAACCCUGCCCUCUUCACCUCCGCCCUCCUCAACUCCACCAACUUUUAUCGUGCUCAACACAACGCCUCGGCAGUCAUCUACAACGACACCCUCUCUUCUUUUGCUUCCCACUACCUCGACAAACUCGGUCUCCCUUUUUCUUCUUCUUCUUCUUCUUCUUCUUUGGUUUCUCAAUCGAAAUCGAAAUCGAAAUCGAAAUCUUUCAGUUCCACCACCACCACCACCAAAUGCGAACUAACCCACUCCCAAGGACCCUACGGCGAGAACCUCGCUCUAGGGUGUUCCGACGUCCAAUCGUGCGUGGAGAUGUGGGGAAACGAGCGAGCCAGAUAUGAUUUUGGAAGGGCAAAGUUUGGGGAGGAUACGGGGCAUUUUACCCAGUUGGUGUGGAAGGAUACGACUGAUGUAGGGUGCGCGGCGAGGUGGUGCCAGGGGUGGAAUGCGGGAAGGGGAGGAUGGUAUUUGGUUUGCGAGUAUUGGCCGAGGGGAAAUGUGGUGGGGGAGUUUGGGAGUAUGGUGCAGAGGAGGGUUGAAGGGAAUGGGGGUGGAAGUAGAGUGAGGGCUGAGUGGAGGGUGAUGGUGGGAGUGGUGGUGGUGGGAGGGUGGAUGGUUUUUGGAUGA